CUAGCUGGCCUUCACUCUCAUCACUCGUCACACCCCCAACCCAAAAUCAAGAUGGAGUUGCUGCUGCCUCUCUUUUUCUUCUUUUUUGGCCUCCUCCUUUCCUUCCCUUCCUUCCUCCUCGCUGCUUCUCCUUUCCCCUUUUCCCACCACCACCUCCGCUUGGCCGGAAGCAUCAGAUCCGCCGGCGCCGGGGCGGCGUUGGCCGAGUCCAAGCGCUACGAGGGUUCCUCCGACCUCGUCAACCUCCGCUACCACAUGGGCCCCGUUCUCUCCUCCCCGAUCAACCUCUACCUCGUCUGGUACGGUCCGUGGACUGCCGCCCAGCAAGCCCCGCUCCGCGACUUCCUCCUCUCGCUCUCCGAUCCUUCCACUCCACCUCCCUCCGUCGCUCAGUGGUGGUCCACCGUCGCGCUCUACCCCGACCAGACCGGCGCCAACGUCUCCCGCCGCGUCGCCGUCGCGGCCGAGGCCUCCCUCCCGCAUCUCCCGCGCGGCGCUUCCCUCACCCGGCUUUCCAUCCAGCUCGUCAUCGCCGAUGCCCUCGCCGCGCGAUCCCUCCCCGUCGACCACGGCCGCGGCGCCUACAUCGUCCUCACCGCGCCCGGCGUCGCCGUCCAGGACUUCUGCCGCGCCGCCUGCGGCUUCCACUACUUCACCUUCCCUUCCCUCGUCGGCCACACGCUGCCCUACGCCUGGGUCGGCCACAGCGGCAAGCAGUGCCCCGACGUCUGCGCUUACCCCUUCGCCGUGCCGACCUACAUGGCCGGCAGCGUCGGGGCCAUGAGCCCGCCCAACGGCGACGUCGGCGUCGACGGCAUGGUCAGCGUGCUAGCGCACGAGAUGGCGGAGCUCUCCACCAACCCGCUGAUUAACGCGUGGUACGCCGGCGAGGACCCGACGGCGCCCACUGAGAUCGCCGACCUCUGCGAAGGCGUCUACGGCACCGGCGGCGGCGGCGGCUACACGGGGCAAGUGAGCAAGGACGAGAUGGGACGGAGCUAUAACCUAAACGGACGAAAUGGGCGGAAAUUUUUGGUGCAGUGGAUUUGGAGCCCGAUCGCAAAGGCCUGUAGAGGACCCAACGCCAUGGAUUAAUUUCUCCGCCAUGACUGCUUUCUCUCCGCAUUUAAUUCCACUGUUUUAAUCUUUUAGCUGCAGAUUGUAAAUAUAAGCUCUAUAAAUAAAUUAAUUUUUUUCUCUCA